ACUCUUCGCGCGUUCCUCGUGGACGGUGUCCUCUUCCCCGUCUUCCCGUCUUCUUCGUUGCCGCCGCCGCCGUCUUGUCGUCGUCGUCCUCUUCAGCGAGGUGCGCACACACCGUAACUCGAAGAGAAGUGAGAGGAGCGAAAGAACGCGGGCCCCGAGAGACAGUAAGAGAGAGAAAGAGAGAGAGAGAGAGAGAAGAUUAUCAUCAUGAGAUUCGUUGGCGGAUUCGGUUUAGCGGCACUAUGCUUUGUCGCGGUGAGCCUCGCCAAGGUGGAGCUCGACGAGGGUAUCCUGGUGAUCAAGAAGGACAACUUCGACAGCGUCAUCAAGGAUAACGAUUACGUGCUGGUCGAAUUCUAUGCUCCAUGGUGUGGACACUGCAAAGCAUUAGCACCUGAAUAUGUUAAAGCGGCGAAGAAACUGGAAGAAAUUGACCCGUCAAUCAAGUUAGCCAAAGUAGACGCGACGAUUCAGACUCAACUCGCUGAGAAACACGGAAUCAGAGGGUAUCCCACUCUGAAGUUUUACCGUAAAGGGACACCGAUCGAUUAUACCGGUGGUCGACAGGCGGACGAUAUUGUAAAUUGGUUAAAGAAGAAGACCAGUCCGCCUGCCAAAGAUUUACCGAGCGUUGACGAAGCGAAGACAUUUAUUGAGACGCACAAUGUCGCCAUUGUUGGGUUCUUCAAGGAUGUGAAAAGUGACGCGGCCAAGGUAUUCUUCGACGUUGGUAACGCGGUGGACGAUCAUGUUUUUGGUAUCACGAGCAAUGAUGAAGUACUUAAGGAAUACGACGUUGAGGAUGGAAAGAUUGUGUUGUUCAAGAAGUUCGACGAAGGCAAGGCCGUCUACGACGGCGAGUUCACCGUCAAAGAUGUACAAAACUUCAUUUCCGUGCAUUCGUUGCCACUGAUCGUUGAGUUCAACCAGGACACGGCGCAGAAGAUCUUUAGUGGAGACAUCAAGAGCCACCUGUUAGUUUUCCUCAGCAAAGAAGAAGGCCAUUUCGAAAAGUACGUCGAUGGAAUUAAGGAGCCCGCGAAGAAGUACCGCGGCGAGGUUCUGUUUGUGACGAUUGAUUGCGACGAGACCGACCACGAGCGCAUCUUAGAAUUCUUCGGUCUGAAGAAGGAGGAUGUGCCCGCCAUGCGACUUAUCAAGCUCGAGCAGGACAUGGCCAAGUACAAGCCGGAGAAGCCCGAACUGACCGCCGAGAAUGUCCUGGAGUUCGUCACGGCCUUCAUGGAGGGCAAGCUGAAACGGCACUUGCUGACACAGGACUUGCCGGAGGACUGGGACAAGAACCCGGUGAAGGUGCUCGUUGGCACGAAUUUCCACGAGAUCGUCUACAACAAAGAGAAGGACGUCCUGGUUGAAUUUUACGCGCCUUGGUGCGGUCACUGUCAGCAGCUCGCGCCCAUCUACGAGCAGCUCGGCGAGAAGUACAAGGACAACGACAAGGUGGUCAUCGCGAAGAUGGACGCCACCGCUAACGAGCUGGAGGACGUGAAGAUUACCAGUUUCCCUACGCUCACGCUCUACAAGAAAGAGACGAACGAGGCUGUGGAAUACAACGGUGAAAGGACGCUGGAUGGUCUUUCGAAGUUCAUCGAAUCCGGCGGAGAAUACGGCGAAGCUCCAACAGACGAGGCUCAGGAAGAGGACGAAGACGACGAUGUGCCAAGGAAGGACGAGUUGUAAACGCACACAUUAUCAUUAAGGAGUAAAAUCAACAUUAACAAGUCUCUUGUAUUUCCUGCAUCCAAUUUACGAGCUCCAUAAUUUUUUCCCGCUUACAGAGAUACAUUCAUUUGUAACGAAGAUAACUCGGUGGUGCAUCCUCUCACACUUGUUAAUUUAGAAGCUAAGUUUACGGUACGAUCGAUCGCAGUGUGUACAAUGUAAAAUUAAGAGCACAUUUGCAGUUUUGCACAGGGUUAUCGUCACGAUAUCGGUUUGUUGGCUCAAAUGGCGUACUUUUGUGAUACGUAGUCGUCUCGUCGAUAGCUGUGCAAGCCGCGGGACCGUGAGAGCCCCACGACGCAUCGAGACAGUCGAACGCGCACGAUAAUGACUCACGGGUGUACGUUUCUCCACAAUUAUGCCAUUUGCGUUGCGUGUCGCCCUACGUCGGGGCGAUGUGACUUUCUGCCCUCUGGAAACUGCGUCAUCCACCAUAGCUUUGCGCCUUCUUCAUCUUUCCACGCCAAGGAACGGGAAAAUAACACGCGGAGGAGGAUAAUAAUAAUCGAAGAUCUUGAAAUUACGGAUCACUUUUUAUUUUUAUAUAUGAAUAAAAAAAGGUUAUUUUUAUCUAUACACCAUAUCUCUAAGGGUCCGUCGGUCGGUUUUUUCACGAACGCGCGCGCCGAAGUCUCCAAGCACUCUGCGAGGACUAGUGGUUUACAAGUACAUUUCCAAUCGCAGCAUUUAAAACGAUCGUGUGAAUGUGAUCGUUUUAGAUAUAUCUAGGAUAGGCAGCCGUUUCUCAAUGUUCUAGUUUUAAUUGACUGAAACUCUAGGAAACUAGCGAUGAGACAUACACUUGUGAA